GAUUCCUGUCACUUCUCAGAAUCCCUCCGUGGUGGCAAUGGCUCUGCCGCCCUUCUUCACCCCAGGUCGCCCGGGCCCGCCGCUCCCGCAGCCGCCGGCCCCCGCUCCCUUCGGCUGUCCGCCACCGCCGCUAUCCUCUCCGGCUUUCCCACCGCCUCUUCCCCAGCGGCCCGGCCCCUUUCUUGGGGCCUCCGCCCCCUUCCUCCAGCCCCCGCUGGCUCUGCAGCCCCGGGCCCCCGGGGAAUCCUCCCGCGGGGGCGGGGGCGGCGGCGGCGGCUCCUUCUACCAGGUCCCGCCACCGCCGCUGCCUCCCCCGCCGCCCCAGUGCCGGCCCUUCCUAGGGAACGACGCCGGUGAGCGCCCGCGGCCGCCGCCUCCAGGCCCGGGGCCGCCCUGGAGCCUGCGCUGGCCUGAAGCACCGCCGCCGUCCGAAGUGCUCGGGGACGCGGCCCUGCAGCGCCUGCGCGACCGGCAGUGGCUAGAGGCGGUGUUCGGAGCCCCGCGGCGGGCCGGCUGCCCGGUGCCCCCGCGCGCGCCUGCCUGCCCCAGCCUGGGCGAGGUGCGGGCCCGGUUGCGGGGGUCCCUGCGCCUGGUGCGGCGGCUGCGCGACCUGGGCCAUGCGCUGCGCGAGGCUGAGGCUGACGGCAUGGCCUGGGCACAGCUGCAUGCGGAGGCACAGCCGCUGCGCGCCGAGCUGGCCGAGCGACUUCAGCUCCUGACCCAGGCAGCCUAUGUGGGCGAGGCGCGGCGCAGGCUGGAGAGGGUCCGGCGCCGCCGGCUGCGGCUUCGCGAGAGGGCCCGGGAACGCGAGGCCGAGCUGGAGGCGGAGGCCACGCGGGCAGCGGAGCGCGAGCAGGAGAUUGACCGCUGGAGGGUCAAAUGCGUGCAGGAGGUGGAGGAGAAGAAGCGGGAGCAGGAACUUAAAGCUGCUGCUGAUGGUGUCCUAUCUGAAGUGAGGAAAAAACAAGCAGACACCAAAAGAAUGGUGGACAUUCUUCGGGCCUUGGAGAAAUUGAGGAAACUCAGGAAAGAGGCUGCAGCAAGGAAAGGGGUCUGUCCUCCAGCCUCAGCAGAUGAGACCUUUGAGCAUCACCUUCAGCGACUGAGAAAACUCAUUAAAAAACGCUCUGAAUUAUAUGAAGCUGAAGAGAGAGCCCUCAGAGUUAUGUUGGAAGGAGAACAAGAGGAAGAGAGGAAAAGAGAAUUAGAGAAGAAACAGAGGAAAGAAAAAGAGAAAUUUUUACUACAGAAGCGUGAAAUUGAGUCCAAGUUAUUUGGGAAUCCAGAUGAAUUCCCACUUGCUCACCUCUUGCAGCCUUUCCGGCAGUAUUACCUCCAAGCUGAGCACUCCCUGCCAGCGCUCAUCCAGAUAAGGCAUGAUUGGGAUCAGUACCUGGUGCCAUCUGAUCAUCGCAAAGGCAACUACGUUCCCCAAGGAUGGGUUCUUCCCCCGCUCCCCAGCAACGACAUCUGGGCAACCGCCAUUAAGCUGCAUUAGUAAAGAUGCUCCAGGAGUGUCGUCCAGCCAAGGCUCUUUCCAGCUCUAAGUAUUAGUGACGCUGCCAUCUUCUUGUACUGUAGUCUAAAUCACAACCUCUAAACUCCAUGUGGCAUUUGCCCUGCCCAGAAGUUACAUUUUCCUUCUGUCCUCUGUCCUGGCCAAGGUGCCUCUUGAAUCAGGAAUUUAAUAUGGUUCUUCAGGAAAGGACCUAGGUGAACUGAGGUUUUUAUGACAGGCAGUGGCCUUGGUUCAUGAAAUUCGCCUCUGUUUUGAGGGGCUUGGUCCAGAGUGAUUUUUAAGUUUACUCUUAUCUUUCUUGUGUGGUGAUGGAUAAGUAUAUGCUAUACACUCAUACCCUCGACACAGGUGUGUACUGGGUAGAUUUAGCAGUCCAUCCCCCAGUACUCCUUGUUAAGGCAAGCUUGAUGCAAAACCUUACCUUUCUUACCCAGAGAGCCUCCUAACUUCCAGGAAGAAAAGUCAGAAAUGCCUUAUCUUCAGUUUUGUGAAUCCCACUUUUGGUGCAACUGGAGAGGCUGGGCUGCCAGAAAAGCUGGUGGCCUUGUCUGGUAGUCAGUUGGAGAACUUGGAAAGCCUGAAGAGUACCUGUACCCAAACUGGAUUGUGUUUUAAUGGAUGAUGGCUGCAUUUUCCCCGUAUUAGAAGGAUCCUAAGGAAAGCACCUGCUUUUUAAGUUCCUAGAGGUCUGGUUGUUCAGAAUCUGCAAGGAUAAAAAUUAAUUUCCUUAUGGGAGUUGGACCUUGAUUAACCUCACUCAGUCACAUUGUGGAAGCCGGUAUAGUAGAAAUCGUGGAAUUUUCUUAGGAACUCAAGCUUCCAAAAAUAUACAUGUAGUUUAAGCUGGGGGAAAAGCAGAUAAAAAUAAUAAAAUUUAUUUUUUUAUACUCAUUAAUAAAUGCUGUUGUACCUGGAGAUGAUCAGUCAUAUAACAUGUCAGGUUUUUGUUUUAUUUUGUUUUCCUUUUUGUCAUUUAUUGUGUUAUUUAUAUUUCCAAAAAGCUAAAUAAAUACCAUUUUUAUUUUUUAGUUUAAGCCUUUGCCCCCAAUUUGUUGCCUCCCAAAUCACUACACACUCUUUCACAUUGAUGAAAGACGUUUACUGCAAAGUUCAAAUUUAUUAACUAGGCAUUUGCUACCGGAAGGUGAAUCG